UAAAGACAUGUAAACCAAGAAAAGCAAACUUCCUUCCAACAAACAACACCAGCAAUAUCACACUCUUCACAACCCCAACACCACCAAGCUAGCGACAAAGCCCGGCGAUCUCAGCUCACCUAAGCUCGCCGCGCCGCCGCCGCACGCUUCUGCGUCUACCGGCGAGAGCUAGUUGUCGUCGUCGUCGUUCAGUGGCGGCUUGCUUGUUCAGUGACGACGGCUGCAGUAGUGCAGGGCCGGCCGACCUCCCGCGCACCCGUCGUCGUGGAGGCGUGAUGGCUGCCCGUGCGGCGGCGGCGGCGAGGGGGGGAGGUGGCGCGCCGGCGAGGAGGGGCGGUGGUCUCCGCGCGAAGCAGGCCGGCCGCGCCAGCUGCCGCGGCGCCUAGAGCGCGUGGCGGGGGGGAGGCGAAACCGCCUAGAGCGCUUCGUCUGCGGUGCUCGCCUCGCCUGGUGGUGGUGUGCUUCGUCUGCGUGCGCGGCGGGCGGGGUCGCCGGAGCCAGGGUUUGUAGCGGCGGCGAGGCGGGGCGGGGAUGGCCGUCGGGGAUGCGCUGCGGCGGCUGUGCGAGGAGGUCGGGUGGUCGUACGCCGUCUUCUGGAAGGCCAUCGGCGCCGCCGACCCCGUUCAUUUGGUGUGGGAGGACGGCUACUGUGGCCACGCAUCAUGCCCUGCCGGAUCUGAUCCUUCUGAAGCUCUGCCUACCGACGUCGGCUGUGCUGCUGCUGCUGACACCAUGACCAUGUGCUCCCUCGUCAACAAGGUUAUGGCCUCGCAGGUUCAUGUCGUAGGAGAAGGGACCGUAGGCCGUGCUGCUUUUACGGGCAACCAUCAAUGGAUCAUCCAUGGUACUGCCAAUGAUCACGGGAUUCCCUCCGAGGUUGCUGCUGAGAUGAGUUAUCAGUUCAGAGUUGGCAUUCAGACUAUAGCGAUUAUUCCUGUUCUACCACGUGGCGUGCUACAGUUGGGAUCUACUGGCGUGGUCCUGGAAAACAAAAGUUUCAUGACACAUGCAAAAAAAUUAUGCUCUCAGCUGAAUAAUCGAUCAAGUAUGGCUGUAUCUUCUUCAGUUAAGAAUAGUUCAAGCCAGCAGGGUCGUUCACGCCCUUUACAUGGUGCCUCAAAUGUUCAAUCUACAGAGAAUCGCUCAAAACUUUUCAGUCAAUUCCCCGUGACUUGUGAACAAUACAACCAUCCUGAUACCAUGGCUGUGUCAGGUAGCACUUCACUUAAUGCAUGCAUGAAUGGAUCUUUGCUUAAGAUUGCACAACUGAAUGGUCAAGCUGUCAGAGAGCACAUUGUCUAUUCCAAGCCUGAUGUGAGGUUCAUACAACAAGUUUAUCGUGAUGGCCAACUUGGAAGUAAUGCACAGAGUAUUGCUAUGAGUUCAGAUUUGAUCUCAUCGAGCUUGAGAUCAGUACAAAAGCAGCCCCUGUUGAUGAACAACAUUAGCCAGCUAGAAUAUGGUGACGGUGCAGAAACAUCAGCAGAUUUACGGAAGAAUGUCCUGUUGAAACCGCCUGUGUGCCUUGACCCCUUUAUCCAUGAUCGAAACAUCAAUAUAUCUCAUGGAAUAACUGAGGUAUCCAACGUCAUAAAUGAUCACGGGAAUUUUGAUUUCCUCUCAGGAGGUGCCAGAGUUGUCAGAGCUAACUUAUGUACCAGUGCAACAAGUCAAGUAUUAGACCGAAGAAGCCAUUCUGUUUCAGGAAUGUUGCUGCAUAGAGAACCUAUAGUGUCUUGUGAGGUACCCCAAUCUUCUGAAUUUUCAACAAAAAUGGGAAGUCUUGAAAGAGGGUCAUUUCAAAUUUCUUCAGCUCCAUCUUCUGAAUCUGAUGUUCAGAUUUCUAAUGGUUUGAAUACAAGUAUUUCUCGAGAGAAUCAAUUAAGUGUGUCAAACCAUAUCUGCCAAGAUCAAAAGAUUAAUGGAGUAAAUGAUCUGAGUGCUACUUUGAGCACAGAAAGAAUGAACAAUAUGGAUGGAUGCAAGCCACCAGGCUUGUCUCUUGAGAGAACCUCUCCGCUGUUUAUGGAGCAGAGUGUAGAGAAUGACUUGUUUGAUAUACUUGGUCCUCAGUUUCAUCACUUGUGCCACAAUGCUGGUGCCGAUUUGGUCCCCUGGACUGAUGCAAAACCAGAGAGUUCAGAUAGAGAUGUGCCUGAAUCCUCUAUUCAUGCCGAUUCCGCUCCUCUAUUCAGUUCACGAGACAACGAGCUCUAUUCUGGGAUCUUCUCAUUAACGGAUACUGACCAACUAUUAGAUGCUGUCAUCUCAAAUGUUAAUCCAGCUGGUAAGCAGAGUUCCGAUGAUAGUGCUUCUUGCAAGACUUCAUUGACAGACAUUCCUGCCACUUCUUAUCUUUGUUCAAAAGAGAUGAAGCAAUGUGGAUCCUCUGGCGUUCCCUCGGUGCUAAUCAAGAAUGAGUCUGCACAGUUUAUUAAACAACCAUGUCUCGCUGAGAACGCCGAGGAUGGUUGCCUAUCCCAGAAUAAUGGAAUGCACAAAUCUCAAAUACGUCUUUGGAUUGAGAGUGGACAGAGCAUGAAAUGUGAAAGUGCAUCAGCUUCUAACAGCAAAGGUCUUGAUACACCAAGCAAGGCGAACCGAAAGAGGUCUCGGCCAGGAGAGAGUCCUAAACCAAGGCCAAAGGAUCGGCAGCUGAUACAGGAUCGUAUAAAGGAGCUCCGAGAAAUGGUACCUAAUGGGGCUAAGUGUAGCAUCGAUGCCUUGCUGGAGAAGACAGUUAAGCACAUGCUUUUCUUGCAAAGUGUGACGAAGCAUGCAGACAAGCUCAAGGAUUCUACUGAAUCCAAGAUUCUUGGCAAUGAGAAUGGUCCUGUUUGGAAAGACUAUUUUGAAGGUGGUGCAACUUGGGCAUUUGAUGUUGGCUCUCAGUCUAUGACAUGUCCAAUCAUUGUUGAGGAUCUUGACCGACCUCGCCAAAUGCUUGUUGAGAUGAUUUGUGAGGAUAGAGGCAUAUUCUUGGAGAUAGCUGACUUCAUCAAGGGACUUGGAUUGACCAUCCUAAGAGGUGCAAUGGAAGCCCGUAAAAGUAAAAUUUGGGCACGGUUUACUGUUGAGGCAAACAGGGACGUGACCCGAAUGGAGAUCUUUCUCUCGCUUGUGCGCUUACUGGAACCCAAUUGCGACAGCAGUGGAGCAGCGGAAAAUGCUAACAAUGUCAACAUGCCUCUUGGCUUGGUGCACCAACCUGUUAUCCCGGCGACAGGUCGAAUCCAGUGACCACUGACAAGUAGAUGAAGCAAUCAUCAUCUUCAGGAAGACAUCAAGUGCUAAGAGCAGGAAUUCGGUUUCGUUCCUGCCAUGACUAGCAUUGCCAAUUUGCUGGUGCACACCACCUGCUUUCAUGUGACAUCUUGCUGUGAAAAUGUGCCAUCUUUGCUGCGAGCCAUCUGAUCCCAAAGUCUAGAGCUGAACAUGAGAUGCAUCAGAGAAGAGGGUCUGUUGAUUGAGAGAAUGUUCAUUAGGCAGUGUUUAGCCUGUAUAAUCUUAGUCUUCUUUUUUUGUUCUUAAUUCUGUCUUGACAUAUGUUAGUGGAUUCUCUACUGUUAUCCUGAAUGCAAAUUCUUGUGUUGGUUUGUUAACAUUGAGAAUCGUAAAGCCCCUUUUAUAUAAGUUUGUUCUGAUGGUCAUAGAACAA